AUGCCUGGCACCGGGGAGCCUGAAGGGGCCGGGAAAGCCGAGGGAGAAGCAGAGAUGCUGUGCGGCACGGGGAGGGCUUCAGAGCCCGGCUUUGGGCAGCGCCGCUCUGCAAACGGCUGGGAGCAGCAGGAAAUUCUGCCGGCGGUUCCCUGGGAAGCCCCUGCGGAAGCCCUGGCCAGCGCUGCUUGUGCCUCCUGCCAUCGAACGCCUUUCUCUUCCAGAACGGGGAUCCACGGAUUCACCAGCGAGGUGACGGCGCUGCUCCCUCCUGUUUCAGCCCUUUCCAGAGGCAGCUCUGCGCCCCACACCUGGCUCUCAGCUCAGCCCCUCUCGUGCCUUGGAGCCGCUCUGCUCCCCUCGCUGCUGGCUGGGAUCAGGGGGUGCUGUGCAGCGCUGUGGAUUCCCUCCCCUGGCUCCUGGGUAGCAUCCCUAGGGUCAGGCUCAGGCUCAGGCUCAGGCUCAGGCUCAGGGUCAGCUCUCCUGUGCAGCGUUUUGCUCACUGCUGUCUCUCCGUUCCCCGUUUGUUGCCAGGAAAUCCUGCAGUCGACCCAGGAGGCCAUGGAGAAAAUGGUGGAGAACGGCGCCUGGCUGCCCAACUGGGCUCUGCAAACCCUGGGUGCCACCAUCGAUGCUGAGCGGACGUCCCAGAGUUACGGCGGGGCAGGCAGGCAGCACGGCUGGCUUUCCCCACUCUUCUCCAGCGCCAAGCCUCCUGAGACGCUGCUGCAGGCCGAUAUUUCUCCUGGCAACUGCUGGGCUUUCCGAGGAUCCGAGGGCGACGUGGUCAUCCGGCUGCCGCAGGAAAUCCGGCCCUCGGCUGUCACCGUGUGGCACAUCUCCACGGCGGUCUCUCCCUCCGGGGAAGUCAGCAGCGCCCCCAGAGAGUUUAUUGUCUUGGGAAUGGACGAGGACAAACCACCAACCUCCCUGGGCUAUUUCAUUUACGACAUCAAAGGAGAGAUCGCCCAGACCUUCCACGUGCAGGUGGAGCCCCACAAAGCCUUCGGCCGCAUCAUGUUUCAUGUGCAGAGCAACUGGGGCAACGUGGAAUACACCUGCAUCUACAGAGUGGAAAUUCACGGCCACAUGUGAAACAUCUGUGAGAAGGCGGCCAUGGAAACAUCGACCACCAGGGCGGCCCCCGGUUGCCAGGCCUGCCAACGCCACCCCCCGUCCCCCACAGCACCA